GGAGAGGACGGCGGGCGAGACCAACGAUAUUGAGUGCGAUUACGUCGUUGUUGUUUGGCUAUAUUUAGCUUCGAGUUCGAGCUCCCACGGCAACGACUCGAUUCCCAAUGGCGACUCAAAAUGCCCUGCCGCCGUUGCCGAGGAAUCAGGACUGGGCUCGCAAGAAGAGCGCUGGCAGUACGCGGCAAUUGCAACUGUCGGUGUCCUCGUCCAUCCGCAGGCUCAGUGUUCCCCACAGCGCAUCGUUUACCCGCAGCGGUCCUCCAACGUCGACACCGACAACAGAUUUCCUCAGUGCGCAGCUCACGCGGCCGUCGAGUUCGUCGUCGCAGCCUCACGAGUUCGCCUUAUCUUUGACAUCGAGGGAGUCGGACAUGCCACCGUCCAGCAGCGACACUAUCGUUUCGAGAAACCCUCAAUGCGACGCCACGGACGAUGAAAAUCAAAUCGCAGACGUACUGAACGACGACGACGUUGCCAUGACGGACCUGACGAUCAACCCUCAAAUGGACGGCGGGUUGACAGAGAGGGACUCUGCGAGCUCUGUGCACGUCGAGCUGCAGCGAAUGAACCAGCAGAAUGUCAACUUAAAAAUGGAAAUAUCUCGACUUCAGGAGGCCCUCAUGCAGCGGCUUCGCGGAAACUCCAAGUUUGUCGGGGGCGGUCAGUUCCGGUCGAUGGCACACGCAUCAGCGCCGGCAAGCCCCAAGGUCCCGCUGCCGUGCUCGAACUGCUUGAGUUGUCGCGCCGCAUUGAAAAAAGCCAAGGGGGACCUCAAAGGCACAAAGCCCAUCAUGGAAGAGCUCCAAAGGAAGAUUUCGGAAAGCUUGGUCGCGCGGAGGCACAUGGCCGAGACCAACGCCCGCAAGCAAGAGCAAAUUGCACAGCUCGAGGUAGAGCUGCAAGCGGCCAACGACAUCGCGGCCCAGCAGACAGCGCUCGUAGCAACGCUUCGGCUCGACCUGGACCAAGCCCGCCAGCGCCCCAGCACCGCUACGGCUGCAACCGACCACGAGAUCGUCGACGACAUGGCGAAAAAGUAUAAAAUUCAACUCGAAAUCUCGCAUGAAAAACAGGCUCAAAUCGACCGACUCCAAGACGACGUCGCUGCUGCCCACCGCAGUGUUCAAGAGAGCGAAGACAGCACCUUGGCAGUGCGCAACGAGCUGGCUCAAGCCCAAGCGUCGUUCGCGAUGGCCCAGAGCGAUUUGCAACAAGAACUGGACCGAGUCGCUGCGAUGCGCGCCAAGCAUCAUGCCGACAUGGCAGGCCUGCGGCACGCGCACGACCUGGCUGUGCAUCAAGCCGCGCAGGAUGCGGACAGAUGGAAGGCGCAGGAAAAGAAAUGGGAGGAUCGCGCCAAGGCGCUCGAACUCGCGCGCGAUGCCCUCGCGGAACGACUCGACCGAGCGGAAGCGGACCAAAAACUCAACUCGCAAACGGUGCAAGACAUGCAGCGCGAGAGCCAACACCUCCAGCUCCUCCGUCGAAAGAGCUGCGGCGACUUGGCAGAUCUCACGCAAAAGUACGACAAGUUGCUCCAACAGUUGGCUGCGCUACAAAAGGAGAAAGAGAGCUUGCAACAGGACCAACGCACCGCCGAAGCGACGCUGGAACGAAUGGCCAGCGAACUCAAGCUCCACCACAAUCAAGUCGACGCCCUCGAGCAAGCCGUUCUCGCUCUGAAGAUGGACAAAACGUCGCUAGAAGACAAGCUGCGCCAACUGGAACGUACACAUGCGGCAACGCUGCAAACGGCCGCCGACACACACGGCGAGCUCAAGGAGCACAUGGAGAAGCUCACGAUGGCGCAGAACCAAGUGAUGAAGCAGCGAAGUCAAGUGCACACGUUGCAAGGCGAGAUCAGAGCGCAAAAAGCACACACCGACACCCUACAUGACCAGUUGACCGAGCAGCAGCACACCCACACAAAGGCGCUGGAAAAGGCCAUGCAGUCGCUCGUGCGGCUCUGUGUCGUGGCGCCGACCGUAAACGUUCACCUGUCCGGCCAGAUCCUGCCGUGUAAGACCGUCUUGCCCAAGGAUGCGAUUCGCACGAUCGUGCAGCGCGAUAUCUUGCCUGUUUUCUCGUCCAUCUUUUUGCAAGCGGAAGAGGGAACGAGCCCGACGGGGUCAUCCCUCGACUCGUGGCUGCAGUCGCUGCUCCAGGACAUGCAAACGUCGAUCGAAAAGCAUCUCAAGAGCGUAUUUCACGUGUAGAGAAGCAAUCUUAUCAUGGCCACACCACGUUUUCGGUCGUCAGUGACGAUCGUCACCGCAACGUGAUCCAAAGCAUGAUUUGUUACGACGAUUCGGUGGGCGACGCUGCUGUCGGCCGAGAUGCAUGGCGUCCAUUUCCAUGGCGACGUGAGCGGCGAGAAGUAGUGGCGGCGGCAGUGGUAGUCGCGCCAGCAUCUUCUUCAACUGCCUGCCUCUGGGGAUUCGCCUGAAUUGGCGCAGGCAGCGGUAGGCUAAGGACGGCCACAACAGGGGCUGCAGGGGGGGUGCUGCUGCCGCUGGCGCUUUUGUGCCCUCGAGUUUUGCUCUGGUGUUGUUUGCCUUUGGGCCCUUCCUGACACCCUUUCUUGUUGUGCUGUUCAGCCGGCUUCUUCUCCUUUUGCGAGCAUCGUGGCACUGCUUUCUCGUCCUGACGUGGUGUGUCGUUGGCCGAUCGACGUCGAGGUGGCGACUGCUGUUGGCCAUGAUGCUGAGCGCUGUCCAUGGAGGCCGGCUGGCUAGUUGGCGCCGCGGCAUCUCGCGCGACUCUAUCCUCGCGAGCAGACAUCACGACGGCUCUUUUGCUCUUCUCGUGCUUUCGAGAGGUAGGCGCGGCGUCGUUUUCUUUGGCGGGUCCUCCUGCCAUACUUGGUUCGUGGUCCAAAGUCGCUGGAGGCUCGCCACGGGCUGCACGGCCGCCUUCGACGUGAGUCGGCGCAAUUGGAGACACAGCCGCACUGGGUGCCGGUCCUUCCGCACUGUUUCUUUGGUUUCCCCGCUGCUUCUUUGUUUUCGUUUGCACGGUGCCUUGCACGGCCGGGUCGAAUGCACAUACCGAGUCGCCAGGUGCAGCGCCGGCGUCUUCUUUCGACGCGGUGCCAGACAAUGGAAUCGCUGGAGGCGUGUCUGCGGGACUGGCGCCGUCGGCGGCACCCGUGUUGCGGCCGUUUUUGUUUCGCCCGAUGAUGGCCUUGGAAGGUUUGCCGCCGUCGCAAGUCUUGUUCGAACCUGCAUUCGCCUUUGUGCCUGGUGCGGGCUGCGGCGGGACAGCCGUCAGCGCCGCAAAGCUGCCCGUCUCGAGCAGCACAUUUUUGGCCCGGGCGAAUUCACGCAGCACGCACUAGCACGAGUUGAGACGACGC